GAGCCAAAGCUCAGCGGAAUCCGGACGGGUUGAUCCCCUGGACCAAGUUCUGCAAGCAGAGCGCCAAUGAGAAAUCCUUCCCCUUCUGGCUGUGGAUCGAAGGAAUCCUGGACCUGAUAAAGAGACAUCUGCUGUCUCUGUGGAACGACGGCUGCAUCAUGGGUUUCAUCAGCAAGGAGAGGGAGAAGGCCCUGCUGAGCGACAAGUGUCCCGGGACCUUCCUGCUGAGGUUCAGUGAGAGCAGCAAGGAGGGCGCCAUCACCUUCACCUGGAUCGAGCACGACGUCCACGACAAGCCGGUUUAUCACUCGGUGGAGCCGUACACUAAGAAGGAGCUGACGGCCGUGUCGCUGCCGGACAUCAUCCGUACCUACAAGGUGAUGGCUGCGGAGAACAUCCCGGAGAACCCGCUGCGCUUCCUCUACCCCGACGUCCCCAAAGACAAGGCCUUCGGGAAGUACUACCCCAAACCCUCAGAAACUCAAGAGCCAAUGGACGUGGAGAGCACGGAGCCCAACGGCUACAUGAAGACGGAGCUCAUAUCUGUGUCUGAAGUACAUCCAUCCAGACUGCAGGACAACAUGAUGCCCCUGUCUCCUGACAACUACAAGGCCUUGGAGCGCUACGUCAGCCCCAGAGACAUCGACGCCGUGAUGGAUCUUCAGGGCUUUGAUCCUCAGGAACAAGACAUGAGCUGCACCUUCAGUCUUUAUGCGACCUCUAACCUUCCCUAAAACCCGCUGUAGAUAUGACAGACUUUCCAGAUGAAAACUGACGUCUCAGUCGAACUCUGCUGAUGGUUCUGAGCCCGUAUCUCUCCCCAUGGUUCUGCCCGGCCCGGCCCGGUUCGCCCUGCAUGUUGGGUUUCUAUAGUUAACUGAACUAACCUCCAUCACUCUGCUGAGAGAAAGAAAAACUUUCCAUUCCUUCUUGUUUCUGUGACUCUGCAGCCUUGUUGGGUUUAAAUCUUUGGUUCUGAACUUCUGGACCGGAUCACAAAUUAUGCUAAAGUGUCUUGAAGUCUAUUUAUGUAAAUGUGAGAAAUAAAUCUUUUUUAUGUAGAAA